AUGUCAUGUUCCAUUGUCUAUUUGUGCGACCAGAGAGCAUUACUCACAUUGAUUUCUAACUCCUUAGACUCUCCCAGAGGAUACACCAUCCUUCUUAGAUACACAAUCAAACAAAACCUAAUUGCUGUAACCCUAGAUAUCCCGUUCCUUGUCAAGGACACUCCUGCUGAAGCUUGGCUGAAAAGGCUAAAGAGUGGCCACAUGGAUCCUGGUUCUAUCCCCUUGUUCAUGAAUCUCUCUGACCUAACAAGACUCGCUGUACUCUACAAAUACGGAGUCUAUCUUGACACUGACAUCAUCUUCCUUGAUGAUAUAACAAGACUAAGAAACGCCAUUGGAGCUCAGAGUAUCGAUCCAAAAACAAAGACAUGGACAAGACUAAACAACGCAGUAAUGUUCUUUGACAUCAACCAUCCGCUUAUGAGAGAGUUCUUGCAAGAGUACUCCACAACUUUCGACGAGAACAUAUGGGGACACAACAGCCCUUACAUUGUCUCUAGAGUUAUCAAGAGGUUAGGAAACAAACCUGGAUACAACUUCACUAUCUAUCCCCCUGAUGCUUUCUAUCCAGUAAAUUGGAUCAAAAUCCCAAAGCUUUUCAAGAAACCUGCAAAUAUCAGAGAAGCACAAUGGGUAGAGAAGAUUGUACGGGAGAUAAGCAAAGGGAGUUACAUGAUUCAUCUAUGGAACAAAAUCACAAGAAAGAUUAAGAUUGAAGAAGGAAGCGUCAUGUACAGUCUCAUCUCAGCUAACUGCACAAUCUGCAGAAACAUCACAAACUCUCAUACUCUCUGA